CCUCGCACCCUCGGCCUCCAGCGUUGAGGCGGGGGAGGAAGGAGAUGCCGACCCAGAGAGACAGCAGUACCAUGUCUCACCCGAUCGCAGGCGGCGGCGGCAGCGGGGACCAUUCUCACCAGGUCCGGGUGAAAGCCUACUAUCGCGGGGAUAUCAUGAUAACACAUUUUGAACCUUCAAUCUCCUUUGAGGGCCUUUGUAAUGAGGUUCGAGACAUGUGUUCUUUCGACACUGAACAGCUUUUCACCAUGAAAUGGAUAGAUGAAGAAGGAGACCCAUGUACAGUAUCAUCGCAGUUGGAGUUAGAAGAAGCCUUUAGGCUUUAUGAGCUAAACAAGGAUUCUGAACUCUUGAUUCAUGUAUUCCCUUGUGUACCAGAACGUCCUGGAAUGCCCUGUCCAGGAGAAGAUAAAUCCAUCUACCGCCGAGGUGCACGCCGCUGGAGAAAGCUUUAUUGUGCAAAUGGCCACACUUUUCAAGCCAAGCGUUUCAACAGGCGUGCUCAUUGUGCCAUCUGCACUGACCGAAUAUGGGGGCUUGGACGUCAGGGAUAUAAGUGCAUCAACUGCAAACUCCUGGUUCAUAAGAAGUGCCACAAACUUGUAACAAUUGAAUGUGGGCGGCAUUCUUUGCCACCGGAACCAAUGAUGCCCAUGGACCAGUCAUCCAUGCACUCAGACCAUGCACAGACAGUAAUUCCAUAUAAUCCUUCAAGUCAUGAGAGUUUGGACCAAGUUGGUGAAGAAAAGGAGGCAAUGAACACCAGGGAAAGUGGCAAAGCUUCAUCCAGUUUAGGUCUUCAGGAUUUUGAUUUGCUCCGGGUAAUAGGAAGAGGAAGUUAUGCCAAAGUACUCUUGGUGCGAUUAAAAAAAACAGAUCGUAUUUAUGCAAUGAAAGUUGUGAAAAAAGAGCUUGUCAAUGAUGAUGAGGAUAUUGACUGGGUACAGACAGAGAAGCAUGUUUUUGAGCAGGCAUCUAAUCACCCUUUUCUUGUUGGGCUGCAUUCUUGCUUCCAGACAGAAAGCAGAUUGUUCUUUGUCAUAGAGUAUGUUAAUGGAGGAGAUCUAAUGUUUCAUAUGCAGCGACAAAGAAAACUUCCUGAAGAACAUGCCAGAUUUUACUCCGCAGAAAUCAGUCUAGCAUUAAAUUAUCUUCAUGAACGGGGGAUAAUUUAUAGAGAUUUGAAAUUGGACAACGUGUUGCUGGACUCUGAAGGACACAUUAAACUCACUGACUAUGGCAUGUGUAAGGAAGGAUUACGGCCAGGAGAUACAACCAGCACUUUCUGUGGUACUCCUAAUUACAUUGCUCCUGAAAUUUUAAGAGGAGAAGAUUAUGGUUUCAGUGUUGACUGGUGGGCUCUUGGAGUACUAAUGUUUGAGAUGAUGGCAGGAAGGUCUCCAUUUGAUAUUGUUGGGAGCUCCGAUAACCCUGAUCAAAACACAGAGGAUUAUCUUUUUCAAGUUAUUUUGGAAAAACAAAUUCGCAUACCACGUUCUUUGUCUGUAAAAGCUGCAAGUGUCCUGAAGAGCUUCCUCAACAAGGACCCAAAGGAACGAUUGGGUUGUCAUCCUCAAACAGGAUUUGCUGAUAUUCAGGGCCACCCAUUCUUCCGAAAUGUUGAUUGGGAUAUGAUGGAGCAAAAGCAGGUGGUACCUCCCUUUAAACCAAAUAUUUCUGGGGAAUUUGGUUUGGACAACUUUGAUUCUCAGUUUACGAAUGAACCUGUCCAGCUCACUCCAGAUGAUGAUGACAUUGUGAGGAAGAUCGAUCAGUCUGAAUUUGAAGGUUUUGAGUACAUUAAUCCUCUUUUGAUGUCUGCAGAAGAAUGUGUCUGAUCCUCCUUUCUCAACUAUGCAUUUUGCUUGUGUUGCCAUUUAGUGCAUGGAUAAACUUGUUACCAGCCUGGAUACAAAGAACCAUUUUAUAUUUUUCACUUGCAGAAAAAGCACUCAGUAUAUUCUAUUGUUGGCUGUAAGAGUCAAUUAUUACAUCUAAGUUUAACUAUGGAAAAGAAAUGAAACUAGUUUGCAGACAAUCAUGUCAAAAUUUAGUUACACUGGUAAUCCAGCAACCUACUGAUGAAUAAUAAAGUUGUCUUUUUCGUUUAAAGGAAGUACUGACUAAAAAGAGCAUAUGUUGCAUUAAGGUACAUGGUGGGAUUACAUCAUAAGCCUGCCCUGAUUUUUGUCAUACUCAUGAAGUCAUUUAAGUGUUUAAUUUUGGAAUAAAAGAGUAAUGCAAAAUACAACUUGUUAUAUUACCUAUUACUUUCUGAGUUCUGUGUGUUUAAAAAUUCAGCUGUAAGUUUUAUCAUUGCCUUAGCAAAUUAAAUUAUUGAUUUUUAAGGCAACAAUUAUAAAUUGGUAAUAAAAAAUGUUGCUUGCUUAGAAUGAGGGAACACAGAUUCUCCUUGAGGAAGAAAAUAGGCACAUUUUAUUAAGAAUCAGAUUCCAAAUCAUUAGCUGUUUUUGAAAAACUGAUUCAAGUGAUUUCUUUAGUAUGUUAAGGGGUUAGUGUCUGAGCUUGUCCCUGUAGUGGGAACUUUAACUGGAGUGUUAAUAAAUGUAGUUCAAAGAACCUAGGAUGCAGUUAAAUGGAACACUUCUCAGUAUAUAAAAAGGAAAAAAUAGAAACUUAAAAUAGAUACAGAAAAGUGCAAUGGUAAUAUUUAUUUCUUAUUGGACAGUAAAUCUCACAGACGCUUUUUGUGAUUUGACUUAAAUAAUAAGGAAGCACUCACUUGCUACCAAAUGUAAAAGCAUUCCAUUAUCCAGAGGACACAGAAUGUAUACUAUUUUUUCCUUAUAAUUCAGUAUACAGGAAAAUAAUUUAUCUUCCAAAUAGUGUCCGAACCAUGCUUGUUUCUUCCCCAAACCACAUUAUCCAUACUUUCGGAUCCUGUUUGUGGAGUCUUCAGUGAAACUCAAGAAAAAGUAAUAAAGUAAACAUGAAUAAAUCUUCAGGAUAUGCACGUACACUCACACUCAUCACAGUUCCAGCUCCUUAAGUGAGUUUUUGUUAAGUAGGUAACACAUGUAAUCAGAGUAGAAUACAUUUCAGGGGCAGAGUUCUUCAGAUUAUUUUUUAUUAAUAUUAGUGUUUAACAAUUUAUUAUUUAAAAUGAUGCCAAUGAUAGCAUCCUUCUGUUGUUUAUUUUAAAUUUUUUUUAUGAAAAGGGACUUAAAAAAUAACCAUGAUCAUUUAAAUUACUUAUAAUUGUCCAAUCUUAGUAAAAUGUAACUUUUAGGAAAGCUAUCUAGUCUUAAAUUUAGAAUGAUUUAAAAUAUGUAGGCAUUUAAUAAAUUAUCUCUUUUUUGGGAGCAUGGGGAUGCUGCAUUUCAUUUGAAAUGUAAUUUUUCCAAAGUUUCUGGCCAUGUACUCUCUUUUCUUUGAAUAGCUAUGUCUGAAAGCAAUGAAAACCUCCAAGGGGGCUUCCCUGGUGGCGCAGCGGUUGAGAGUCCGCCUGCCGAUGCAGGGGACACGGGUUCGUGCCCCGGUCCGGGAGGAUCCCACAUGCCGCGGAGCGGCUGGGCCCGUGAGCCAUGGCCGCUGAGCCUGCGCGUCCGGGGCCUGUGCUCCGCAACGGGAGAGGCCACGGCAGUGAGAGGCCCGCGUACCGCAAAAAAAAAAACAAAACAAAAAAACCCAAAAACCUCCAAGGAAAUGUUUAUAUAAUUUACAUGUUUAUUUAAGGGGUAUGUAUGUUUCUCUUAAGACCUGAAACUUGUUUUAAAACAAAAAGCAAUAUUCACUUCAAAUCAUAAAUUUAUAGAAAUUUUUGACAUAUCAGAAAUAUGUUUAUCAUCUUGCUUUUAAGUGGUCCUGUUUCCCUUAGGGCAUUCGUUCUCAAGUUUUAGAAUGUGGAAUAAUCACAUAGUCAGUGUGUUUAAUAUGCACAUUACUGGGCCUGCCUUAGAGUUCUGUUGGGUCUUUGGACCUCAUUUUGAGAAACAUUUUUUUGAGUUUUUCUUUUAGUUUGUCCUUAGUUACAUAUUAGAGACAGUAUUCAUGAUAAAACAUUUUGAGAAGGGGUGGACAGUUACUAUCUUAUCUACAAUUUUAAACAAGUUUUGAGUUAAUGACCUUCAAGUUAGAUAUCUUCUAAAAAAAAUCCAUCAGUUUUCUAUCAAUGUUACAAAUGGUGAAACAUUUUUCUGUGAUGAGGUUUUAACCAUUAUUCACAGUGGCCUUUUUUUUAAAUAUUUUUUUUAAAAAAACUAAUAAGAUUUACUGUGUAUAUUUUAUACAGAAUUGAAUUACAAAUAUGUUUUAAAUUGUAUUCUGGUUUUUGUAGUCCUUAUGUGCCAUGCCAAUUCUUUUUAUAUUACAUAGAAGUUGUUUCAGGUUACUUACCAGGGGACUAAGGCAGUUGACUUAAUGGUUGGAAUUUUGGUGUUCUAAGAAAAAAUUUAUUUUGUAUAAGCAUGUAUGUGGUCAGAUCAUUUUAUGUGUAUGCAGCCUGAAAUGCAUAUCAGGUAUUAUGCUUGUUUAGUACCUGUACAUUUACUUUUAAAAUUUUGUUUUGUUUUGCUUUUUGUCAUGUAGAAUACUGCCUUGUAUAAUGUGAUCUGUAUUUGUGUACCGUUUUUUUUA